AUGUCGGAAUCCGACUCAGACGGAGAGUUUGAAAGGCUUCUGCAUAAAGCCGAAGACUCGCACUUACAUAAGCCAGCAAAACGUAACUUUAAGCCGGCUGGAGCUGAUACAUCCUCGUCCGCUUCUGCAGUCGCUGCAGCUACUGCUGGACCCCUCGUGUCGUCAGAGCUGAGUAAAUUUUUUAAGACUGAAAGCAAAAGUAAGACCAAGAGCUCUGUCAAGAAAAAAAAUGGUAAAAAAUCUUAUAGGAAGCAGCUUUCAGACUAUGAAGAAGAGCCCCCAGGCUACUAUGACAACUACUCCACGCGACCAGGCGGUGAACGAGAGAAUUUCGGUACCGAUCCAUAUGCUUUUGAUAUAAGUUUGCAAGUGGUUUCGGGCAAUGCAACAGAAAAUCACGAUUUCAAACGCUCUUCUAACGCAAAUAAAAAGAAGAAAAAAAAUGAUCAAUCGGAUAAUUAUGCAAUCAAAGCAGUGACUAAACGUGCGGUAAUUUCAAUGGACGAUCGAAUUGCAGAGAUCUUAAAACGUACAGGGAGUUCGCAAUGGCAGGCGAGCGAGAAGAGCGACGAUGAUGAAUCUAAUGACACAAACAUUGAAGAAAAAAAUGUAGCGGCAUCUGCGAAAAUUGAUACAAAUUUGCCAAGAAUCGACCAAGCUAAUCAGGAAGAUGACAGUUAUGGUAUUAAAGAUAUUUGCAAUGAACAGGAUCGCUCCAGUUCAUCUGAUUCUCUGGGGGUGGUGUCUGCAGAUUUUCUGGUUCACAUCCCGAUGAAGCCAAAAGUUGAGCAACCAAGACUUUCUAUUUCCAGCCUUGACAGUGGACAGUUUGCUAUUAACCGAGAUGCACUUAUAAGUGAGAUUAGAACUCCAUCGCGCUACGAGCAACAAGAAAUGACCUUUCUUAAGUCCGAAGUCGUUGAAAACAGCAAUUCGGAAAAGGUGGACGCCCAGAAGUCGCAACUGAAUCUGUCCAAAAGCGACACAUUCGGCUAUGACGAUGAAGACUUCGAGGUCAGCGAUGAUACGAAACCAAAAAGUCCGUCAACAAAGAUAAAAGGACAGGUUGAGACUACAGCCCAGGACGAAGUAGAGACAACACAAGAUGCGAAUUAUGGUGAUAGCUUUUGUGAUGACGCGUAUGAACCAGCUCAGGAUGAAGCACAAAAGGCACAAAAUUUGGAUCACUGCGGCAAUUUCAAAGGUGAUACAAUCAGCUCUACGCAAGACGGCAAGCACGUGACACCAAAUACUGAUGACAGUGACAACUACCAAGAAGAUGUGUUUGAAGAGGAAUCUGAAGCUGGAAACAAAGCUUCAAUCAAUGUUUCUUCGGAAUCGGUUCAAGUUAUUGAGGUAGAGACCCAGAACCUCCCUGCUGCCACAGACCUGCUUGUUGGUAUGGACUCAAAAAAUAGUGACCUACUAGCAAGUUACGGCAUUUCCAGCACACAAUUAAACGGUGCAGAGGUUGGAGAAAAAGGUCCUUCACAUGAGCUGAUGCUGGAGACGCAGGACGCUUUUGAAAACUCUUUAGCGAAUCCUACCGUUACGGAAAAGUUUAUGACUGUACAUCCAACAGCCGUAACAACAGCCACGUGUUCGUCCAGAGAUGUAAUUUCUCUUACUUCCAGUCUACCACCGCCCCCUCCACCGUUAGAUGACAUUGAAGACGAUAAUCAAGAAAUACAGAAAUUUACAUUGUGUACCUCGGUGGUUGACUCAAAGCAAUCAAUACGACCUGUUGCUCAGCAGUCAGCGACCGUAAUCGAAAAAAGUUACCGAUUGCCCUCAGCUGCUGACAAAUUUCUGCAGAUCGAGAACCAAGUUGCUUCGCUGCGCUUCGUUUCGCCUAUCCCACCAAGUCUAGAGGCAUUAACUUCUCCAUUGAGUGGUCGUGUGCAUCCUGUUGAGUUUAAAGUAGCAGGAGGCUAUCGAAACAUGGAUGUAGCUGAUUUCCCUUCUCCCAUUUUCGAGCCUCUGUCACAUUCGUUUAAUGCAGAUCUUACGGCAGAGAAUGAAGAUAUCCAACGAGAAAUCGACGAAUUCGUACGUACUUCCGUCAAUGUACGAGAAAAACGAGAUGCAGAACGGCGAAUUAAGACGGCAAGAGAAAACGGACUUCUGUUGCGUCUUCAGCAGGCUCAGCGCCAUAUUUUGCAGCUAAAAAGAUACAUCAAGGCAACCACAGCAAAUGCAGCGAGCAACGAACGCACCGCUUCAACGGUGACUGAUGCAGAGGUUGAGGGCAUCAAGAUGUACAGUUUGCCGCAUUCAUCUCAAGCUGCUUUUGAAAAGCUUCAGAAAGAGAUCAAAACUCAAGAUAAUUUGAUCGCUGCCUUCCAGAAGGAGAAUGAGCGUCUUAUGCAGCAGCUAAAACAAGUGCAAGGUGAUUGUCGUUAUAAUAUCCAUGAAGCGAAUGAAGAUUUGCGUCGACAAGUCGCGAAAUUACAGAAGCAACUUGGAGAGCUAGCGACGCUUGAUAGGGGUAGUGAUUUUACUAGCAAAAAAUAUCAGUAUCGUGCUGCAGUAGAAGGUCGGCUCGCGGCAGAAGCGCAUGCUCUGUCCCUUCAGGAGGAACUUGCUGGACUUCGGUUAUCUCACCAACAGAAGUUUAACGAAUUGACUUUGGAGCUAGACCGUGUCAAAAAAGCCAAAAUCGAGCUCGAGUGUCGUUACGAAGGUAUUGCUUUGACUGAAGUGGCAGAAGAAGCGCAACAUGCUGGAGAGCUUCAGAAAGAGCUGGAAUUUGUCAAGAAAGAGCAUUUUCAGGCUUUAGCUGUCUUACAGAAAAAGCUGGAUUGGUACGUAGAGAAUCAGCGAUUACUGGAUGACCAAGACGAUGAACUGCGACAGCUUCGUCGGCAGGUUGCUGCACGGUCGCGAGACUCCAUAGCUCCGGCAAACAAUAAAGCUAGUGAACCAUCUCCUUCUCUGUCGCAUCGAAGGUCACCGAUGGAUAUUCGACGUAUACAAGAACUGGAGAGUCGGCUCGCUGAAGUUGAAGGAGCAAUGCGGCGACGUCAUCCAGACAGCUUGACAAAUCUAAUUCUGGCUACACGUCGUGCAGAUGAAGAGUCCAAGAUCCGUUGUCUGGAGCAAGAGUACCAGGACAAGAUUGUUGCAUUAUCUCACGAGAUAGAGCAAGAACAUGAAAUAAGCGAAAAAAAAUUAGUAAGCUUUCGUCAGCAGCAAGAGAAGCUUUUGUUGCAGUAUAAACGAAAGCUGACGGAGCAGGAGAAGCAGCUCAAACAGUUGAGAAAGGCGACAAUGGGGUAUGGACUUACGUCUAAAAAUACGGCUCGAGCGAGAACUUCUGACGCAGAACUGGCGAAAAUACGACAAUUCUAUACGGACAAGAUAAAAGAAUUGGAGCGGAAGUGGGAGGCUAAAUAUCGAUCUCUGCGCAAACAGCAAAUUAAGAGUAAUCAGCAGGUAAAAAUUCCAAAGCAUGCUGAUUCUGCUGCGUUAAUUACGAACUUGCAGUGGCAGCUACACGAACAGGAGUCACUGAUAAAGGAUGAGAGAGCAAGGGUGAAACAGCUAGAAGCUGAAAGGCAACUCGGUUAUUCAUCUGUAGAUAAUUCGCCUGCGAAAGAAGACAGAAAGUACAAGCCAGAGCUUGUAGAUCAAAUUGACGAUUUGAAGAAACAGUUGGAAGAUAGCGAAAAUGCACGAGCCAGACUGGCACAUUCGUUGACAGCUGUGCAAACGUUUAACUUGGGUCGAGAGCCUAAAUCGGAGACUGAUAAAACGCACAUAGUGUUGAAUAGCCCUUCCAAGCUGAAAAAUGCUGACAAGCAGAAGGAAGCAGAGCUAAUGCAAAUGAAGCAGGACCUGGACGCAGCUCGUGAAGCACGAAACAGCGAGCAUGCAUCUGCUUCUCACACAAUCAAUCAACUUGAGAAGCAAGUUAUUGAGCUUACAGGUAAAACCACCGCUCUGGAAGUCCAGCUCGCGGGCUCUCAACGCGAGGUGCAAAGUUUCGAGAAGCUGCUUCACGAAGCCGAGAAAAGCAAUCAUUGUCUGACAACACAGGUACAGCGAAUACCCAAUCUUGAAAAAGAGGUUUUGGCUUUGCGUAAUGAGUUGAAGCUACCACGCACGCCGUCAUUGGUCCAGUACCGAUCUCUCGACCUAAAGAUUGCGACUCUUGAGCAAAAGUACAAGUUGCGGGAGGCCGAGCUUCAAGUCGUAAUAGAUCGCACCCUGACGUCGACACAUCUGGAACAGUUAAGUUGCGAACGUGCCCAUCGCGCAGCCAUCCAUGCCAAAAAUGACGAAAUCGCCUUAUUUAAGCGUCAACUGGAUGAAAUUCUCCAUGAGAUCGCACAGCUGCAGGAGCCCACAUUAGCUCGGUCGACUAGUGUAAGUUCAGAUCCUCCAAACAUGAGAAAAACGUAG